AUGAUCGAGUCUUUGUAUUCUACAAACUAUUUCCAGUAUUAUGGGGUUUUGUAUACAUUACUUGAUAUAACUUCACCAUUGGACAUAGGGUUAGCCAAUGGUCAGGCUCGCGGCACCCGCUCCCAGCGUGGGGUCGGGGGUUGCGACAACCACCGUCGCCGCCACCCCGAAGGCCACCACUGCCAUCGCCACCCACCCGCCACCGUUGCCGCCCACCGCCGCCUCUGCCACACCCAACCACCACCGCUGUCGCUGCCACCACCACUACUCGUCGCCGACGCCAGCCACCACCAUCUUCGCCGCCACCACCGCCCACCGCCCACCGCCACUACCGCCACCCCGAAGGCCACCACCGCCGUCGCCACCCACCCGCCACCGUUGCCACCCACCGCCGCCUCCGCCACAACCACCCACCGCCGCCGUCGCCAGCCACCACCAUCUCCGCCGCCGCCACCCACCGCCACUGCCACCACUAGCCACCGCUACCACCAACCAUCACCGCCACACACCACCGACGCCCACCGCCGUCACCACCCGCCAGUCGCCGCAACCUGCAACCUACCACCGUCACACCCACUGCCACCCACCCGCCAUCGCCUCCACCUCCACUGCCACCAACCACCACCACCACUCACCAUCAAUGUUAUUCCUUCGUCUUUUUUUGUCUACCAGACAAUACACGAUAAUUAUUCAUUUCAUUUCCGAUGGUAA